AUGGGAACAAAGCGCUCACGCCAGGACUCCGUGUCGUCCUCAGAAUCAAGCAAACCGUAUUCUCGCGAGCAGUCCGCCGACAUUAAGAUAGUCCAUCUAGAUUCAGAGUCAGCCGUGUCCGACCUCCCAACAGUAAUGCGGUGUUCACUUCCCCCGCACGAACCUCUCUCGUUUGACUCAUUCGAUGCAUACGAUGUCCAUUACCAGAAGACGCAUAUGAACCGAUGUUCUGAAUGCCAGAAGAAUUUUCCAGAUGAGCACUUUCUGCACCUGCACAUUGCAGAAAAUCACGACCCUAUCAAUGCGUCGAAACGUGACAAGGGCGAAAAAACGUAUGCCUGUUUGGUACCUGACUGCGAUCGCUUCUGCAGCACGCCCCCGAAGCGUCGCCUGCAUUGCAUAGACAAACACCAGUUUCCACGCAACUACGACUUCUUCAUUGUGAACGAUGGCAUUGAUCGCCGCAGCAGCAUGCUCCGGCCACCCCAUCGACGACGCAGUAGUGCUUUCAGUUCGACGGGCGACGGUACGACCAGACGCCGGGGUGAGUCAUUUGCGAGUGCGGCAGGAGACGGCAUGGAGCUUGUUCACGAUGAGGACGAAGAUGAUGAGAGUCAUAUGACCAACGAUGGCGUCGAUGCUAGGCGCAUUCCUGUCAAAUUGCGAGGUCGUGGCGGGUUCAGUCACCCUCGAGGUCGGGGACGAGGAAGUUCUUCUACGGCACAUGAUGCAUCGAAGGCUUCUAUAUCUACAGAUCCGGUGGACAGCCUCGCGACGAGCAUGUCGGCGCUGCAAUUCGUCCCGCACAGCGUGCGCAUGGCAAGAGGAAGAGGUCGGGGCCGGGGGUCAUGA